CUUCGAGAUGCCUGCGGUUCCAGAAGCAUUGGCAAGACAGGCGGGCGAGACAGUGGAGCAUUUGGAAAGCGCAUUGUCACUGGCGGAGCGCGGAAUAACAGAGGGCAUCUCAACGCUUGUGCGCCGGAUCAAGAUACCAUCCAAUUCAACGAGCCCACCUGGAUUGAUAGAGGCCAACACCCGGGAUCCAUGGAGUGAAAGCGGCAAAUAUGCUCUGGCAUAUGUCUAUUUCUGCGUUCCAUUGCUCGUAUUUGCUGGUCUCUUGCGAUACUACCACCUGUUCACGGACAAGAUCCGGACGGCACUGCACCAAGAAGAGUUCUUUCCGCGCGAGGGUCCAUUGCCAAAGACUCCCAAGGCGCAGUCGACUGUAUCUUCACUAAGGCCCAUCAACAACUGUAUAGCGCUCUUUCGGUUUGUCUUCUAUCGGCCAAUACGCCAAAUCCAUAUCAAAAAGGGAUGGCGACCAUUGGUCUUUCCUUCGGCCGCUGUAUGCCUCAUCGUCCUGGCGGCCUUAGCUGUGGGCAUUUGCUAUAGUUUCAUCCCGCAACCCCUCUUUUGGGAAAGCAUCGCCUAUGGAUCUCCUCCACUUGCUGUUCGGUCCGGAAUGCUGGCGGUUGCUUUGAUGCCAUGGAUUGUUGGGCUGGCGAUGAAAGCAAACAUCAUCACACUGAUCACUGGGAUUGGGCAUGAAAGGCUCAAUGUAUUGCAUCGAUGGGGCGCGUACUUGUGUUUGAUACUCAGUAUUAUUCAUACCGUCCCAUAUUAUGUUACUCCUGUCUGGCAUGACGGCGGUCGACGCGUGUUCGACUCGUUCUUCCAGCAGGAGGGAUUCUAUGCUUACGGCACUGGAAUCGCUGCUCUUGUUCCUCUUGGCUUUCUCUGUCUCCAUUCUCUGGAGCCGCUCCGUCAUUGGAUGUAUGAGCUUUUCGUGUCUCUCCAUGUUCCCGUCGCUAUAUUAUUCCUCGGCAUGCUCUUUUGGCAUUGCAACAACUAUUUGACCUCGUGGAAUUACCUUUUCGCGACCCUUGCUAUCUGGCUCACGUCCUAUGCUGUGCGAGUCUUCUACCUCAACUGGGCGAACCCAACUCGCAUGUCCUGGCUUAUCGGCGACGAAGCAGCCGUCACAAUCAUGCCAGAAAACGCAAUCAAGAUCACGAUCCCAACCAAAACGAGGUGGCGUCCUGGACAGUACGUUUACUUGCGCAUGCCCGGUAUUUCCGUGUUUGAAAACCACCCUUUCACCAUUGCAUCGCUUUGCAGCGAGGAUUUCCCCUCGGAGUACGGUGAGGGCUACAGGGAUAUGGUUCUUGUUUUCCGCCCCUUUGGUGGAUUCACCAAGAAGGUUAUGAAUAGUGCUCUCGAGCACGGCCCAUGGCACACGUAUCGCGCUUUUAUAGAUGGGCCUUAUGGUGGGAUGCAGCGUCGCAUCGAGGCGUUUGACGACGUUGUUCUCAUCGCGGGCGGUUCCGGUAUCACCGCCAUCAUCUCACAGAUCCUUUCUCUGAUCAAGAAGAUGCGCGAUGGAAAAGCAGUCACCCGCAAAGUGCACGUGAUUUGGGCACUCAAACGACCGGAAACUAUGGAAUGGUUCAAGGAAGAGCUUCGAAUCUGUCGCGAGUUUGCGCCUCCAGAAAGCGUGGAAUGCCAAUUCUACAUAACCGGUGCGAAGAGAAAUAACGCAGGCAACAUUGUAUCCGCGAAGACCCCCACUCGCCCAGUUUCUCUAUUUUUCCAUGAUAAAGUCAACGAUGCGUUCCAAAAUAUCGCCGACCACCGCGUUUCAGGUAUUUCAACCAAACGACAUUCCGCCUUGAUCCGUGACGAAGCGCAGGGCGACCCGGAGAAAGAGAAGGAGCUACGCCGUGAAAACGAAGACAGCAUUACAGCCCUCCCGCAAGCUCACUUGGUGCCAGUCAAUCGCAGCCACGCGACGACACCUAACUCAUCCAAUCCAGACCUCAUUGCGCCAAACCCUCGAUCUAUCGCAUCCCGUCGACAGGACCGUAAUCUCUCCCUCGACAUCACUACUGCGCUUGCAUCUAAACCAGAAGGGCUCGACCCUUCCAUUCUUCACCACAACUCCGCUUCACCUACAUCCGCUACUGACCCCGCGCAAGCCAUUCAAGGCUUCGACUUUGGCUUCCCCUCUACACCGACCGAGUUCCAAAAGAACCUCAUGCGCUUCGCCUUCCUGCCAGCUGCGGUCAAGAAGAAGGACGGUUGGAGCACCGAGUAUGGGCGCCCCGAUCUCAAAUUCUUGCUUCGGGAGAUGGGACGAAAUUUCGGUCGCAGGACGUGCGUGUUCGUCUGCGGCCCCGCUGGCAUGCGUACAGUGGUCAGCGACACAGUCGCUGAGAUGCAACGAACUGUCUGGAGCGGACCCAAAAGAGACGAGAUCUUUUUGCAUGCUGAGAACUACGCACUUUGA